AUGAGCCUACAUGGGCUCGGCGUGAUUGGGGCCCAGGUGGCCGCGUCCAUCAAGAGCAACGACGAGAAACGUCCGACAUCACCGCACAUUCGGUCGCCUCCAUGCUCCAUCCAGUCGACACCUGAAGCCACACACGCCCAGGAGUUUGACCCAUCGAUCGGGGCCAAGCCAUAUUCGCCUUUCUAUCACCAUGGAUCACCUACGAUCUCCUAUGAGCAGAUCACCUUCGAGACAAAGGGAAACCACAGCCAGAGCCAUCUGCGAGAUAUCGAGAACGCCGGCCCUUACACGUCCCUGCGGACCGAUAGUCCCCGUCGCUCCAAGCUUUGGGAGCAGCAAGAGAAUCCGCCGCGUUCAUGCCUGCAUUCCUUGAGUUCGCGACAGCGGAUGGCAUUGAAAGCCGUCGUCGCCAUCGUAACCGUGGGCAGUAUGAUCGCUAUUGCCCUCGGCAUCACUGCCGCGGUUGGUGGAGCUGCCUGGAGGAGUAGUAGCAAGGAAGUGGCCAUGGGAGGGUAG